AUGCUGUUGGAGAUCUGCUACUGCAAACCUCAGCUCCUCUUUGCAGUUUUUCCAGACCCUGGGACCACGCUGGUGGCCCUGUCCUCUGAUGGCGAGCAUUGGGCCAGUCACUUCGUCAGGGCACUCACCCUGCAUUCAGCUGGGGGGACACGCGGGACGCCGAAGGCCGGGCCGGCGCGCUGGGGGGUCGGGGGACGAGGGGGGCCCCUCGUGGAGCCACGACCCGGAGGCAGCGCGCCGGCCUCUGAGGCGGCUACUCGAGACCCUGCUGGUCGGGCGGCGCCGCCCGGGCUCCCCCCCGGCCUUCCCCGCUCACUCACCCGGCCGCGCCGGGCCCGUCCGCACGCCGGCUCAGCCUCCUCGGCGUCCGUGGAAACGCCGUCCGGCCGGAGCGACUUCCGGCCCGGCCGCGCCCUCAUUGGCCCUUCCCGUGGGGGCGGGGCGGAGGGCGCCGCUGAUUGGCUGGCGGCCCCGGCGCCGGCGGAACGCGACUGGGCGGCGGAGCGCGGGUCGCCGGCCGCCGGGAGGACCGAGCGCUUCCGGAAGUUCGUUGCUCCUCAAGGACGGUGGGAAACUGUUACUGCAAUGGCUUCCUUGGUGGCCUAUGAGGACUCGGAUUCGGAGGCUGAGCCUGAGCCUGCGCCUGCGGGAGGUUUCGAUGCUGUUGACCAGAUGACAGACACUUGGGAGGGGGUGCAGCCUCUUAGGGAAGAUCCUGCAAUUGGCGUCCUGGACGUGACAGACGAGGGGGCACUGCCCAUGAAGCCUGCUUCCAGUGAGGACCCCGUGGACCGGGAUCUUCGCCUCCCCUUAGCUCGAUUGGGGCGGAUCGACCCAGGGUCCUGCCCCAGCCAGAGGCUGCAGUGGCCCAGGACAGAGCCUGAACGUAUCCUCUCCCACCACGAGCCUGCGCGCCCCUCUCUGUGGGCUGGCUACCCUCCGGCUGCCCAUGUGCCCCCAGCAGCUGCCCGCUUUAAGCCUGUCAAACUCCCCCCGGAAAUGGAGCCUUCGAUCUGUGCUCAAACCAAAUUUGAACCCCCAGGGAAACAUGUCAGCUCUUCUCAGAGGAAAAGGUGUGAGGACUGCAUCGUGCCCUACACCCCCAAAAGACUAAGGCAGUUGCAAGCAUUCAGCAUGGAAACGGGCAAGAGGAAAGAUGCGGAGGCCCAGGGCUCCUCUGCAGGGCGUGUCCGGGCCCCCGCCCCUCUCUCCGUGCCCACCAGAGCGUCAGAGUUUAUCCAGCCAUAUCUGGAUAGUCCGUAUAAAGAAACUGUGAUUUCCAAGAGGGUACUUUUCCACUUACGGGGCCAUAGGGGCCCCGUCAACAGCAUUCAGUGGUGUCCCGUGCUUUCUAAGAGUCACAUGCUCCUCUCAACUUCCAUGGACAAGACCUUCAAGGUGUGGAACGCCGUGGACUCGGGGAGCUGCCUGCAGACCUACCACCUGCACAGCGAGGCGGUGCGGGCAGCCCGCUGGUCUCCCUGCGGCCGGCGCAUCCUCAGCGGUGGCUUCGACUUCACCCUGCGCCUGACAGACCUCGAGACAGGAACACAACUGCUUAAUGGUCAAAGUGACUUUAGAGUCACUGCUUUGAAGUUCCAUCCGCAAGACCACAGCAUCUUCCUAUGUGGAGGCUUCAGCUCUGAGGUCAGAGCUUGGGACGUGAGGGUUGGCAAGGUGGUGAAAAGCUACAAGGCCACCAUUCAGCAGACCUUGGACAUCCUCUUCCUCCAGGAAGGCUCCGAGUUUCUCAGCAGCACAGAUGCUUCGAGCCGAGACUCCGCCGACCGCACCAUCAUUGCCUGGGAUUUCCGGAGCUCGGCCAAAAUCUCCAACCAGAUUUUCCAUGAGAGGUACACCUGCCCCAGCCUCGCCCUGCACCCGCGGGAGCCUGUGUUCCUGGCGCAGACCAACGGCAACUACCUGGCCCUCUUCUCCGCCGUGUGGCCCUACCGGAUGAGCAGGAGGCGGCGCUACGAGGGCCACAAGGUGGAAGGCUACUCUGUGGGCUGCGAGUGCUCCCCCGACGGCGACCUGCUGGUGACGGGCAGCGCGGACGGCCGGGUGCUGCUCUACACCUUCCGCACUGCCAGCCGGGCCCGCACGCUGCACUCGCACACCCAGGCCUGCGUGGGCACCACCUUCCACCCCGUGCUGCCCUCCGUCCUGGCCACCAGCUCCUGGGAGGGUGACAUUAAGAUCUGGCACUGAGUCCCCCGGGGGACUGUCUGGACACUGCUGGGCCGCCCACCCCUUGCUCCUCCGGGUGGGUGGGGUAAGCACUGAGGUUGGCUUGGGGUCAGACGUGGUGGGAGCUGCCUCCACCACUCUCUGGGCCUCAGUUUCCUCAUCUGUAAAAUGGGGACAGAAAUGCAUUUGUCUCAGGGUUGUGAGAGCUGCGUUGGCGACAGCACCUGGAGGGGCUGGGGGUACCCAAUAAAUAUGUUUUGCUAUUUCUGGGGUCAUUUCAGUGACAAAUACAUGUGGCAGCUUCAUCUCUCUCCCCACUCCUGGGACGCUGGGGUUCUGGACACAGA